GCCUUCGUAUAAGUUUAUGUGUGCUAUUUGGAAAAGUUAGUUUGUUCGAAAAUCUAGAAAAAGGAUUAUUUUCAAACUGAGUGAAAAACGUCUGUUAAAUACUUUCGGCGAAGCAGUCAAAUUCAUAUUAGUUGUAAACAAAAUUGGAAACAAUUUCGAAAAAGUUCGCAUUUAUUUCUGGUUUGGAAAACUUUUUUUUCUAUUUUGUGUUCGCAUGAGUUGACGCCUAGCAAUCCCUACAUCGCUCCUUAAAGAGUACACACAGCGUCAAUGUAAAAGAGAAAUAAAAACAAAAAAUCCAAUUAACGUCCUUGGCUAGAAAAUGGAAAGCAUCGAAAUGCUGAAAGCACUUUACGACUUCCAGGCGGUCUACCCCAAAACGAUAAGUUUCGAUGAAGGCGAAUACUUUAUAUUGUACCAGACUUCAGCUCGUCAACGAAACUGGUGGCAAGUAGUUAGCAUGAAAGGCAAUAUUGGUUUUGUGCCAUCUAAUUACGUAAUGAAAAUCAAGGUGGAGCCAGAUUUUCUCAUUAGUUUUCUCAACUCCUCAAUUGAGUCUCUUGAGAAGUCCAAAGAAACAGAAAUCAAUGGAAUUAUGCCAAAAGAGGAAUUGCUGGAACGGUUGCGUGAGAAAAAAAUGUCCAUGGAAAAACUUUACUUGGACUACUCAGAACGUGAUUGCGACUCUUCGUUGUCUUUCUCUCAAAGCAUUAGUGAGAAAAACUACUCCAAAUCACAUAGCAAUCGCGCCACAUCCGCAUCAGCUCAACAAACCCCACAUAGUCCACAAAGUCCUCCACGUUCCAAUCGCUUGGAUAGUAAUAAAAAAUCAAUGUCUAGCCCCGCUGUAGGUGUUGUAAUGCCUCAAAUUAUGCAAGAAUCCACUAGCAUGGGCACUGUGCAGAUACAGACACAGCAAUCACAACUUCAGCAGCAGCAGCAGCAAUCGCAACAAUCACAGUCUAAUAAUAAAGGCAGUGAUAUCACACAGGACAACAGUAUCACAUCGGAGCCUUCAGAAACCACUACAACUACAACGACAACCAGCGAAGAUGUAGUGACCACAUUUAAAGAGUCAAGUCAACGUGAGUCUUCGCUACAGAACUAUUCGAAGCACAAUGGUAAUGACCGACAGUGCGAGGCAGAGGAUGUUGGUGGUGUCGGUGGUAGCAACAAUAGCUGUAAUGGUAGUGGUGUUGUAGGUGGAAACGGUGUAACUGGCGGCGGGACAAAUACUUUAACAGAUGCUAGUGAACAUUUCAAUGAUGAAAAAGUGGCCGAAAAAUCUGAAGGCAGCGAACCGAUAAGUGAUGGUCGCGAUGGCACCACGUUGGCGAACGAUGGUCGUGGUGAUUUUACUAACAGCGUUGAAAAUAGUCAAGCGCUGGAUAGUGAGGAUAGCGCUGUGGAGCAGGGACUGCAAACAGGUGUCAUUGCCACUUCUACAUCUACUGUGAAUGCUGCCAUGUAUGGAGUGACUCGCGCAAAUUUGAAAGUUGAAUCCUCUGAUGUUUAUCAAAUUGUUGAUAUAAUACGACGCAAUACGAAUCUAAGCUUUGAUUUGUCAUGCGAGGCAUUACGUGUCGUCUUAACUAGUCUAGAGCAAUUGUACAACGGUGCCAUAAAUCCAUACCUAGAGGCGGUGGCGAUACAUGUGACCGAUAAGGUGGAGACACCCAAAGCGUUGCUGGGUAUGACGCAUGAUUCGAAACGCUUGCAGUAUAUAUUUUCGCAGCUGGCGGAUUGCAAAAACGAUACUGAACAACGUUCAUGGAUGUUGUAUGAAGAUGAGGAUGAUAUUAUGCAAUUCCUGGAGGAGCUAGUGGAAAUACUGAACAAUGCUGAUGAAAAUAUUAGUUGUUAUGAAAUGUCCUGUGAUCAAUACCAGGUGCUUAUAAAUCUAGUUCAGUAUUAUCAAAUGGAGACACGCUGGCCAAUUAAACAGCUUUUGCUGAAGGCUUUUACCGCUGCUUGCCAUUUGGAUCACAUCAUAGUCGAUAUUUUACUCACAUCUGUAUUGCCAUUAGAAAUUGUAGAAGAUAUGAAAACCAAUUUUGCCAACCUAGAUAAAUUUAAGAAACUUGUCAAAAUGUUAACAAUUAUAUUUUCAUUAGGCCAGCCAAUGCCAGUUAAUCAUCAAGACUAUCUUGGCGUACAUUUUGCGAGUUUUCUUUUGGAAAUCGUCGAGGGUAAUAAUCCUGAGAGCCUAGUCGAUAUGGUUAUAUCAUUAAUACUGGCAUUUAACCUGCAAUUUACUGACUUCUCGCAAAAUGUUGUGGUCGAAGCCAUGCAAAGCUUGCCGACUGCGAAAAUUUUCACAGAGAAAAUUCUAUUGCUAUUAAAUAGAGAAGAGGAUCCAAUUCGUGUGUUGAAGCAUUCAACUGAAACCAUGAAUUCAGUACUCAAAAUGUUCAUUGAUAUCUUUAGCAAUCCAGAUACUGCUGGCAUGUUUUAUACAAACGACAACAAAGUACUCAUUGAUAUCCUAGUGCGGCAAUUGUCCGAUUUGUGCGCGGGUAAUCCGAUGCGGCGUUGCUAUUUAGAAUUAUGCCGUCGCAUACUACGAAAUACCAAUUAUCCUGAACAUCAGCACCGCAAGCAAGAUUUUAUGAAAAUAUUUACACGCAUCUUUUGUGAGGAGACCGAAUGUAGCGCAUCGGAUCAGCAGUUGGUGCGUGAGAUUGCCAACGAAUUUCCACAGUUAUUCAAGGCUUAAAUAGCAUUUAUGUGAGGUAGAGAAGAGAAGCGAUUUGAUGACUGAGCAAAUAAUAGUAGUAAAUUUCUAGUAUCGCAGUAAUUUCUUUACUCAUAAAUAUUUUUUGUUUUUGUUUUUAUAGGUAUAUAUUUUUGUUUGUUUCUUAAUUUGUGAUGGCAAAAUUCAAUGCAGAUAUUAAUGAUCCUGUGCGCAUUUAUCAAUUGCAUAUCUUUUGU